AUGGCGCCUCACUGGCUCUCUGUUGCGGCCGUUCUUCUUCUUCUGGUCGGCCUCUGCGAGGGUGCGCCAGUGACGACUGCCCAGCUCGACCUUACCAGCCAGGUGGCGCUGGGCAACGUAUUCGUGACUUCCACCACCGACCAGGUGGCGCUCAACGUGGGCACCGCCGUCACCGUCUCCGGCACCGGCGCGCUGCCGUUCUACAACAACAGCGGCGUGGCCCUGGCAUGGAACGUGACCGACUUCUUUGGCGCGGUGCGGGCGCAGGGCACGGUCGAGCGCCUGCCCUCCGGCUCGGCCCGUACCGCCGUUCGGCCCUUCGGCCUGUCCACCCGCCCGCCCGCCGGCUAUUUCGUGCUCAACCUGCGCCUGGUGGACCGCAACCACAGCAACGCCCUCCUCCAGUCCAACUUCACCACCUUUGCCGUCUUGUGGCCGGUGCAGAAGCCGCUGGGUGUGAGGUAUGGUGUGGGGGAGCACUACGGCCAGGGCUUCAACCAGGCUAGUAUGCAGCUGCUGGCGAAGGCGGGACUGGGCACGGUGCGGGACAGCAACGGUUGGAGCGCCAACGAGCCGACGACCAGGGGCGUCUACGACUGGUCGAGGAGCGAUGGGUGGAUGGUCAAGCUCAACCAAUCGGGGAUCGACCCGCUCUAUAUCCUGGCCUAUGGGAACGAUCUGUACGACUGGUGGACGGGCGGCGGGUGCGGGGGCAACACCGAGGGGGAUACCAUGCCCUACACGCAGGACGGGCUCGACGGCUUCGCCAACUAUGCCAAGGCGCUGGUCCAGCACUUUGGGACCAACCUCACCAGCAUCGAGGUGUGGAACGAAGUCUAUACGAGCUUCUGGUGCGGCCCGCCCAAUGUGACGGCCAACUUCUCGGUGUGGUACACCAACGUGGCCAAGGCCGUCUACCCCGCCGUCAAGAGCGUCAGGCCCGACGUCAAGGUGCUGGGCGGUGCGGUGGCGUCGGUGGCUCCGGGGUGGUUCGAGAGCCUGUUCAAGCUGGGCGCAAUCAACUACAUGGACGUACUCAGCGUCCACCCGUACUACGUUCUGCCCGAGAACGUGGAGGCCAGUCUGCCCGAGUUGCAGGCCAUCGCCACCAAGUACUCGGCAGUCACCAAGGAGAUUUGGGCCACCGAGUACGGCUGGUCCACCAGCAACGAAAGGGCUCGCUACUCCGUCGCCAAGUACCUUGUUCGCCAGACUCUGGCCCAGGGCCUGUACGGCGUGACCAGGCACUACUGGUACGACGCGGUCGAUGACGCGUGGGAUUCGUUCGGCCUCCUCAAGAACACGGCCUAUCGUGGUCCGCUGGUGCCCAAUCCGGCCUUCGUGGCCUACGCCAACCUGGCGCGCCUGCUGAAUGCGGCCACCUUCCAGAAGCGCGUCAAUCCCGAGCUCGGCCGCCGCGCCUACGUUCUCCUCUUCAAAUCGCCCACAUACGGCCAAGUGCGUGCGCUGUGGACGACGCUGCCCUACGACAACGUGCUCUACCUGCGCGCCAGCAAGCCCCUCACUCUGUUCGACAUCCAGGGCGGCAACACCACCCUCACGCCCGACGCCUCCGGCGCAGUCCGCGUCACGCUCACCGACACGCCGCAGUUCCUCGUCGGCGGGACCACCACGAUGGAGUCCUGGGGCGACAGCCCCUACGCGCCGCUGGCCGACAACGUGUACGACUAUGCCGAGGUGCUGGGAAACAACGGGUGGUACUACGGCCGGUUCGUGACGCCCCUGGUGGGCGCGCCGGCGUCGGCCUACAACCAGUCGGCCUGGUCGCGCCUGUGGCUCAACCGCAACCUGUGGAGCACCUGGUGGCUCCAGUAUGCCUCAAUCUCGGCCACCUCCGUGGCACCCUCCGUAGACACCUCCUCGGGCACACCGCUCAUCAACUGGGCCGUCCUGCGCUACAAGGCCAACGCCACCAUUCCCAACGCUUCCCUCGCAGGCUACUUGGUGCUGGGCGACCAGGACGAGGGAUCGGACGGGGUGGAGGUGCGAGUCUACGUGAACGGGGCGGUCAAGUGGCAGAAGACCCUGGUGCCCGCCGACCACCACUUCUUCCCGACGACGUUCCUGGUCAAGGGCAUCAACCUGGUGCAGGGCCUCAACGUCGACUUCGUGGUCACCCCCGGGCCGGGCACGAACAAGGUGUCGGACGGGGUGACGGCGUACAUCACGGUGGGCGUGCCGCGCGACGCGAGCCAGCGGCCGGCGUGGGUCAUCGCCAGCCAGACCAGCGGCAACGACGCGUCUGGCGCGUCCUCAGGGCUGGGCCGAUCGCUGGUGCGUGCUGUGUGCGAUUACGCCACGAAGAGAGCUUGA